GUUCUCGUUCAGUUUCUCUGCUUGUAGCGAAUAUGUAGCUUGUUCUAGGUCAUGUCAACGUCUUCUAGAUGUAGUGGACGAUUGGAGAGAUCGGCUGUGGCGAUAUCAUCGCGGAAUGCGACUCGAAAUUGAAAAUUUGUAUCGCUGAUCCCAUCGCAGUAUUCGCUCUCAAAACAGGAGCGAGAGGGAGGGCAGCGAUGGCCUAAAAUCGUCAUGGCAGGCGUAAUUCACCAGCCAGCGACUGCUUCUUGUCUUAUCUUUCACUUACCUUACGCUGGAUAGAGCCCCGUGUGUCCACCGAUGGAGGUUCAUUGACAUUCAGCGCCGGCAGGAAUGGUGAUAUUGCUUUCCAAACUGGCACUGGUGGAUCCCUGUACCUGAAUGGCGGACAGAUACAGUCAGCUGCUGACCUCAAGGGUGCCAAGGGUGAUGGUGGUGCAAAAGGUGAAGCUGGUCUUGAUGGUAUGAAAGGAGACCGAGGUAUCGCUGCUAUUGAUGGUGCAAAGGGAAAUUCAGGCUCCAAUGGACAGCAAGGCAUCAAAGGAGAUACAGGAGUAGCAGGUGUGAAAGGUGAUGUUGGCAGCACGGGAUCAAAGGGAGACAUGGGAAUGAAGGGCGAGACUGGUACCAGCGGUGUCAAUGGAAUCAAGGGUGACGCUGGUGUACAGGGACCUAAGGGUACAGCUGGUACAAAGGGUACAUCCGGUGACAAGGGAGAAGCUGGACCGCCUGGUCCCACAACUGCUGUUGGUGGUGGCAGCGGUAGCGAUGGUUGUCUUCUGGCCUAUCUUCCAUCGUGCCCGUAUUGGCUGAAUCUCGACAAGCCCAUCCUGGCAGCUAACACACCGAACCAGAUCCUGAGAGUGGCAACAGGCAAUAUGGAGAAGUUCUUCCAUCCCCUGUAUGAAGCCAGUUUCAAAUGCAAGUUCUAUGGUCUGAGCUCAUCCAGAACCAUGUACUCCAGCAAGGCUGCCCUUACCUCUGAAGUUUAUCCGAAAACUGGCAAGAUUUACUAUCAAGUCAACUGCACUGCGCCAACCUGGACAUUACGAUCCUCCUCAUCCGGCGCCCCGGUACAAAUGGAGAUCGUUAAUGUGACACUCUGGUUCCAGGACAUAAUGGAAGUGCCGUUUUCUGGAAUGGGAACCUCCAACCAGGUUCAGUUCGCUGUCGGUUGGUUCAAUACCAUUACCCAGGCUGAUGGUUCUGUACUGAUUCGUGGCAUCGGGUUCAACACAAUUGUAUCGUUCCUCUGUCAGUUCUCUAACACAUCGUCACUGGGUCUGAUGCUGCACGUCAAUGCCACUACACAGCUGGCAGAUAACAGCAGCUACAUUCGCUGUAACCCACCCCACUGGAACUUUACCGGCGACUCCAGAAUCAACGUCUUGACCCAGGUGCGCAUUUUUGAGGAGGAUCCCGUGACAAAGGCAGUUCUCCGUGAAGUCCCAUUCGUUGGCACACCGAAGACGGAUGACCUCUACAUGUACUACCGAUGUCGUGAUGGGGUCAGCAAUGGAGCUGAAGUGGAUGUGGAUUGCGGAGGCUUGUGCCCAAAUCUCUGUCCACAAGGUGCAAAGUGUAAUGUGGACUCUGACUGUGCUACUGGCAGCUGCUUAAAAACACUAAAGCGGUGCAGAGCGCUUGGACAAUCUGCAGCUUAUCCGGCAUCAAGUUGCCAAACAGUUACUUAUAACACAAGUGGUAUAGCUUGGGUUAAGUGGGCCGGUGCUACUGGUGGAUCUGCGCAGACUUAUUGUUUGUUGGACAAGUCAAUCGAUGGUGGUGGAUGGACCAUGGUAUGGAAGCACUCUUACUUUGAGGGACCUUACAAAACCCGCAUCAACGAUAUGCGUACAUACAGCAGUUACUAUCAGCCAUGCCUGGGUGUACCCACAUCGACAGGAACCUGGUGCAACAUUCCCAACAAGGUACAGACCGGUUACAAGGAGCAGAUGGUCAGUGCUUACUAUAACGGCAAGCUGAUCUUCGCCUACAAAGACAAUAUCAAUUCUCAGCUGGGAAAGUCCAAUCCAGGUGUAUUUCUGAAAGCGACCAACAAGGUUGUUGAUCUAUGCACACGCUCUAACGGCAUUCGGCCCAGUUACUCUACAAACAGCCAUGCUACAUCAGGCAUUACAUUCGACAAGGUCUCACCCACUGUUUAUGCAUCCAACUGUAAUACGGACUGGUCUUACUACCGCACUGAUUGUCGCUGGAACGAUUGCUACCUGCCAAAGUCUAUCUCGCCACGUCUGUAUAAUACACAGAUGACAAUGAUCAUCUGGGUGCGUUAGACAAGUCAUGUAAACAGUCCUUUCCCUCUUUUGUUCUGGGUUGUUUUCCCGAGACACAAUUGAGCAGCAUAAGUGCUGCGAGUAUUAUUCACGCAUGUUGUUGUAUUUGGUUCUUGUCUCGUAGAGUCCAGUGUCUGAUUUCAUAUAUGGUCUAAGUGUACGUGCGAGUAUGGUGUGAUGUGUGACGUUUAUGGUGUGUGGUGCAUGCAAGAGUACGCGUUUAGAGUGUGAGAAUCUGCUUGCGUCUAUGUGAGAGUGACUGUCAAGUGAAGGCUGUACAUGCGCAGUGCUAGUUUGGACUGGGAGUGAGAGUGAUGUGUGAUUCGUCCGUGGUCUGGUUGUCUUGGUCUUGGUCAUGUGUUCUGUACGUAUUGGUCCCUGAUUGGUCGUCCCGAUUUUUCAUCGCUUUAUUACUGCUUGUUCUUUGUUGUUCCAUGGUCUUUUGGCCCUUGGUUCUUUUCUUUGUUUGACUUUAGCCUUUCUCCUCCUGUAGCCUUCCAUUUGUAUAAGAAGUCAGAAACUCCA